GCUCUCCGUUCGCUGGCUCGUUCCGCGCGCGGCUUUGACUCGCGCCUGGCUCGGCUAUCAUACUGCGCCGCGCAACAUACGGCGCGGAGUUUUCGGGCGUCGUAGCAUACGGAAAGUGCUUCGAAAGCAGACGUUAGCCGCCCCACUGAAACUUCUCUUCCGAAAGACAGAACAAAUCAACGUCAACUGUGCGAAAUCUUCAGUGUCGCCGGACAGGACGGAAACCUUAAGUCAGACGUGAAGAAAGGAAACUGCACCUUGUUUUUGUGUCCAUACGUCGCAUCGAGGAAUCUCGUCGUUCGCACAGGAGACUCGAAUCUUGAGAAUUGAUAACGACGAUCCUUGGAAAACUUGCUCCUUGCCUGUGUUGUUCGACUGCUUCGUCGGUUUCGUCGCUGACAGCUGCCGCAACUGCGUGACCGACGCGAAGACCUCCUCGAAGUGAAAAGCUGUGCGGACAUAGUUCUUGUGGAGCGUGAUUUGAGCGUCUGUGAAUCUUUUCGUUUCAUUUACAUUUGCUGUUGUCAGAACGGCGUUGGUGUCUAGCUCGUGCAGCUGUUACAUCGUCGGGCUCUCAGCGAGACCUUAGCAGCAGUCGCAUGCAAAUUUGCCGCUGAAUUUCAAAGGUGAGAGGAAAAUUUCAGCACAGUGAGGUCGUCGUUCGCAGCGAAGCUUGCUUUACCGACUGCGUGAACCUUCGCAGGAGUAGGACGAACCGCCGAUCAAAACCGACAUUCAUAAUUUGGAAAUUACGUUCAGAGUAACAAGGUAACCGAAGUCAACAAGCUCACGGAAUAAUUUGGCUAUUUCGCCUAGAAAGUCAAUUCAAGACGCACCUGUUGAGCAACAGGGAGGAGCAGAUUAGUGCAGCAACAAUUGGGUGCGAAACUGACGCGCCAUCAGAUAGCGUUCGCAUAGUUCCAGAAAACAUUCUGCAACUUCAUUUGAACAGCAACAAAGAACCACCGAGCGAAAUUAACUAGCGAUCAAAGCGCGUUAUUGAGCCGCAAAUUGUCCCAGCAUCAUUGCCAUGACAGAAGAGAAAUGAGUUUCAGCAGCACGUCUAUCUCGAUUCAAAUUUUAAUUGGUAUCUGCCGGCAACAUUAACUACAGGACGUCGUAUAGGGUAUCGACAUAGUAGAGUAGAACGCUCUGCAGCCUACAGGUGUUAGCGCGAUGGGCUAAAUUCAGUGGGUUUCUUCAUUAUGCGCUCGCGACGUUCACUCGGCGUCUUCACUUGCAGUUCGUUUUCACCACACGUUCCGAACUUACGUUUACCGCGGUCAAUACAAGUGCCCCACCUGAAGGGUUGAGGAGAUAGCGACUCACCGUACAAGGGAAUCGUCCCGUCUACUCUUCAGUUUUUCGAAACAAAUAAGCUGAGAGACAAAUAAUAGAGUUCUAGAAGACGUCGCGACACGCGAAGCAACUGUUAGCGCGCCGAUCGGGCCGGGCAGGUAUAUGUCCCCGACAUCGACCGGACCCAAGAGAGAAAAACUGGAGCAAAACUCCGUGGUCUUUCGGCCGCUGUAAUGACGGUGGGCGAAACGCGAACAGUCCUCAAAGGCUGCGUACACGUAUCAACCCGAUAGCUCUCGCAGGAGGGGGUCCAAUCUCAGUCACGUGAAUAUUUAAUGGUUCCUGGGUUAGGUGACACAAAAGCAGCGGGUGACGUAAGAGAGAACGGCGAAUCGGUGCGUGGGGCAAGAUUUGAUCAGCAAUUUGCGAUUUCUUUUUCCUUGAAAACGGUUCGUGAGGCGUAGUAGACGGUGAGCUUCAGUCUAUUUAUUGUCAUUCGUAAAAGUUCACGGAAACAUAUUUUGUUUAGUUGCGAAAAAGUGUCGUCCUCUUUUCCUUAUGACGCAGUUUCACCCGCUCUUUAAGUAAGAAAGAAAAAUGAAAAACGCAUGAACGGGCAAAUAUUUAGUGAGCGGAACGUAGGUGAACGUAUCGGAACGUUAGUGAGCGUGACAUGGCGCAAGUGGCGCGUGACAAAUAUCAUGAAUGACAGAAAGAAACACGCCGCUCAUUUUGAUUAAAAAGCGUCUGCAUAGAUUUAUAUCAGCGCACGCAUACCACCAUACUCGAUAAGGUUUGCUCGCAGAACCUAUACUUGCCAAGCUAGAUUCCGCUGUAAAACCUUGCAGUACUGCUGAGUCGCUGACACGCCAAGCAAUUUCGCUUGCAAAUUAAGCUACUGAGUUGCCUUAGACGAAGGACGUUGUUCAUCAGUGACCGUACUUUUUUUGACUUGGUUACUGAGCCGACCGACCUGAGCAAGGACAAAACGGGAUGAGAAAGAAAAUAUUUACAUUUAUUUUGUAAGCUGUGCUCUUAAGAAACGUUUGUCAAGCGAUCUAAAAAUAGAGGCGUGAAAUUAUUUUGGUGCGGCGGACCACCUUCGAAUUCAACGGUGAUGAGGACAGAAGACGGGAUGGAACCAACAAAACUCCUCUCGUGGACUGAUCUCGAUUGACACUGUGCCUGCUGAGACACCACAAGACCAGCGCUGCCACCAGUUGUCGCGCCUCUCCAAGCAGCAAAGGCAGGCAGUUGAAGGACACCUCUCGCGAAGACGAGGCCGUGCGAAGAGACAGGAACGCUUCGGAACAACUUGUCGACACGCGUUCAGCUGCGCCGUUGCGCUGCAGCUCGGGCUGAGCAGCGUCCCGAACCGCGAAAGACGAGCGUGCGAGGCGAGGCCGCGCCUCGAAAGCCAUGUCAAUGUUGGUCCGCAAGGGAACCAUGCUGCACCGCAAGGGCAGCCGACGCUCGUCGCAGCCCAACCUGCGCCGGGCGAGCAUCGCGGUCACCGCAGCCGCGUACUCGGCGUCGCCCUCGUCGCGCCGCCAGUCCAUGGCGGUGCCCGCCUGGUCCCCUGCGGUGGCCGGCAGCGCCUCGUCGUCGUCGCUCAGCCCGCGACACAGCCUCGCGGCGCCCCUGCCGCCUCGCCACCGGGCCAGCCUGACGCCCGUGUCGCCCGUGGCCGGCCCUUCCUCCGACAUGCAGCUGUCGGCACUCAGCGGCUCCUCGGCGGCGACGCGCUGCGUCACCGUGGUCCCCACGGCAGCAGCCGGAGCCAGGUCUCCCAGGGUGUCGCCGAGGCCAUCGCCCCGGGCAUCGCCCCGCAGCUCGCUGUCGGUGCCCGAGAGCGAAGAGCGCAGGCGAUCCAGCUGCACGAUUUCCCUGGACGACCGAAGACGGCUGUACGUGAAGGCCGAGGAAGAGAAGCGGUACACGGCGUACGGCUCCAUCAGCUACCAGAUCCGAGAGGCCAACGAGGAGGCGUCCGGCUUCUUCGACUUCAUGGGACGCGCCCUCGCCAUUGUGGGCACGUCAGUGGUGGUGACUGUUCUGCUGGCAAUGUUCUCUGUUCUGCCCCUGCUGAUGAUGAUCAUAGGUGUUCAGUACCUGCAGGAAUGCCCUAAGGAACCCAACAUCCCGCUGUACCUGCUGAUCGGCGGCGCGUUCGGCCUCAUCAAGGUGGGCACGCUGCUCUACCACCAGAUGCGGCGGCGGCGCUACGAGCGCCUCGACGACGCUUUGGCCGACGGCGACAUCGACGAGCUGUGGUCCUCCACUUCGACCAAGGUCACCGAGUACGCGCUCACCAUCUUCCUGCUGGUCUGGUUUGGCAUGGGCAACUACUGGGUGCUCCACAUCUACCGACCCCGAUACGAGCCACUGCUGCGAGAGCCCAACAACUACUGCGACAAGACCGUGUACACGUUCGCGCUCAUACACCUGCUCGUAUGCUACGGCGUCAUCGGCCUCUGGGUCAUUGAGGUGAUCUGCCUCGCGCUGUGCGUCAGGGUGUUCGGACUGUGGUGCAAGAAGUGAACGACGACACCCGUCGCUCCCACCGCUUAGCGGACAUAUUCGCUCGACGUGCCUCUCUCCCCGACUCGCUCAUGUGAUGCUUGAAACAGACUGUGUCACCACGCACAUUAGCUGUGAGCUUGUACGAAGCUUCUUGAAAACAGCUUUUGACUCAGUGGCGCAAACUGGAGACGCAAUGUAUCGUGCAGUAUGCAGUGUGACAGCGAGUGUCUGAAUGAUAAACAUUGUACUCCGACACGUCGUGAUCAAGCUUAGUUGCGAGGCGUCAGCGCACCAACUUGGCCCUACGUUGAAGUGCGGAUGACGACUACUGAUUCGGUUACUGCAGCACCAGUGCACGUUUGUUGGGAAGAUUGCAUGAUCGGCAAGAAGUUUAUGUGUUUAACCGAAAGGUCAACUGUUACCGUUACCAAAACGCGAGUGUUUCAAUUUUUGUCCUUACUGUUCCUCUGUGUGUGUUUUUUUUUUUUUUUUUUUUUUGCAUUGACCAUGUUCCCGUGCGUCGCGACGUUAUGAGCUUCUGGACGGAAUAUAGUAGCUACGUACUCGUCAGCAGUCAACGCCUUGCGUGAUAGAGGACCCCUAUUGGCAGGGUCAAGUGAUUGAGCCAGCCCUCAUAAGAGUGACCCUUCUCGAUUAUUGAAAUGGACUGCCUUUCUUUUACAGAUGUAUGCUAGUCUCCGUAUUGUAGAUCUAGUAGGGAUCCAACUUAAACAGAAUCAUUAAUAAGGCAGUAGAACUAGCUUCCCUCUUUGGGGACUCCUUUUCAAUCUUGGUCUCAGCGUCGUUGCGCUAUAGUCAAAUAUCAGAUAUAACUUGAUCAAGACUUAAGCGAUGAAACUAGCUUGCUGUCGCAAUGUGCCUCUUCUCUGCUUGGUGAAAAUAAGUGCAGGUGCCCUCGUCACAGCUACUCGAGCUAUGCUUAGAAUACGAGGCACGGCUUUAAAAUACCCGCCUAACAGUGUGACAACGCGGGUUGUAGUACAGUGUAGACUGACGUGCCUCUCGUUUUGACAGGGUCAUCUGUGUCGUAGUAAACAAGAAGCUCGUCGGUUCACGGCUGCGGAGAUUACUACGAUGAAGAGCACACUGGGGAUGCGAGUAACCUCGUUCUGUACUGUGCCUCCCAAAAGACUCGUCGCUGUCCAACCAGCGCUUAAAGCUCGGAUAGUCUUGGGGAUCUGAUGUUUCUACGAGCAGCGCCCACAGCGCUGUGCUGGUAUAGCUGCAAGAUGUCUUACGCAAAACUGAUGAUUACAUUCAUGGCCUCUGAUACCGUGCGUGCCACUGCAGGCACACCGACGUGUUCCUCUAUCUCGGAGGUCACAAGAUUUCCCCGCCGCUGGUGCGUUUUCAAAUCACGUGGCGGAGCAAACUGCGAAAUGCGCGAGGUAGUAGAAGAAAUAAAGGUCGAUCUCACUAAAGAUCAACCACCUCUGUCGGAAAUGACCACAAGUUAAACUAUAAAAACAGCAGAUCGCAUGCUACAGGGUGUUUUUGACCAUUCAUUACGGUGCGUAACCUAUAUGUAUAAGAUGUUUACAGUAUUGAUGCCAUAACUCCCCCAUCAAAGAGGGCUUCCUUUGGGGGCUCCAAACUGAGGCACCGAAGCGCAGUCCUUAAGCAUAGAGAGCACUGUGUUUCGUUCGAAUAUUUCUUAUUCGCUUCAGCACCGCGUCGCAUCAAGCUCGUUCGAGAUUUCGAAGAAAGACUGCUUCGAACAAGUAGGGUUCAGAGAUCAAAGAGGCUCCACGUGUUUGGAGUUUGUUGAUCGUCUAAAGAGGGCAGGUGCUGAUUCAAGGGUCUUCUCCGUGUUUGAUGGGUCCCGUAUAAAGCUGCUGUACAUCUAUACAAUAGCCCAGAAUUCGCUCCUGUGUCACCAAACAGACCCAUACGCGGUUGGGACAGUUAAACGUUGCCCUGCUUCCCCAAGGACGUGGAACGUUCUGAGUGCACAUAAAUAUUGCUCACUGCUCCCUGUUUGCCUGCCUUAAUAUACGAGCAACGCGAGGUCUGCACUCUUGGCUUUCCUCUGCAGUCAGCCAGUCACAUAUAUACACACAUGUUCAAACACAAGACACGCAAAUGUAUCUGACCAUGUAGCACUGUCUACGCAUUUCCUAUGCUGUUUAUUACGCAGGCUCGUGUCGGCGAGUCCUGAACACAUGUGCGUGUUGGCUGUGUCCCGUGUAUUCUCGUACCUUCUCUGUUUGCAUCUAAUCGCAGACGUUGCUGGACACGCAAGACAAGGCGCCGCGCUGUAAUCGCGGCGAUGAUCUUCAUGUUGGAAACCUUGAUAUCCAGCUAUUAAAGGGUGAAUCUACC